AUGGCGCGCCUGUGGGGGAUGGUAGGCGCAGGCAGGGGCGCGGCUCUCGCCCCUGUGCGGUCCAUUCAGCUGCUGACGCAUGGCGGGCAGGGAUUGGCUGCGGUUGCGCACGCAGAUGGCGUGGUGAGGGUGUGGGAUGUUUCGAGGAAGGUUCGCGUGGCGACGGUGACGGUGGCGGCGGAGUGGGGGCCGGGCGGAGCUGCGGCUGCUGCGGGCGCGGGUCAGGCAGGGGGGAGCCGUGACGGCGCAUGGGCCGUCCAGCAGAUCCUUCUGCGCCCCGCGCCUGGCCCCACUCGCUCCGCGACCACCACCACGAGCGCAGCUGCUGCCACCCAGUCUCUACUGGUCAUUACCACUUGGUGCCCCCAGCAGCAGCAGCAGGGCAGGCAAGAGAGCAGGCAGCAGCACGCGGAGAUGUCCCCCUCCCCUGCUGGUCUCAUCACCGUUCACUCCCUCCGUCUCCGCGUUCCCCCUGACCCCGCGCGCGCCUCCGCCUCCGCCUCCGCGUCCGCCUCGCUCCGCCUGGCCGCCUGGAGCGCGCUGCCCCGCGCGCCCACGGCGCGCAGCUGUGACUAUGGCGCGUGGGACGGUGACAGCAGAGGGGAAGGGGACGAGAGGGGUGGGGGUGAGAGGGGGGCGGGGGCGGGCGGGGCACGGCCAGCAGCUGGCACCCAGGGAGAGGAUGAGCACGAGCAGCAGGCGGGGGAGCGAGCGGGGGAUGAGGGGGAAGGGGAGGGUCAGGGGUUGUGGAUCAGAGACGUCCGCGUGCUGCUCGCUGCCGGUGCUGGUGGUGGGGGGCGGAGGGGCAGAGGGGGCGGAGAAGGGGCGGGCGGUGGGAAAGAGGUGGACGUGUGGAUGCUGCUGCAGGAAGGGCGUGAAGGCACAGGCACAGGAACAGUCACAUCAGGCGCAUCAGCGAAGCGCCAUACUGUCUGUCUACCUGUGCGCUGUGUGCCCUUCGACAGCAAUGCCACUGCCACUGCCGCUGCCACUGCUGCACGGGACGCAACAGCAGCGGUGGCAUCUUCUCAGCAGCUUCUGCCCCUUCCUCCGUCCCCACUGUACGCACCAAUCAGCGCCUGCCAGCUGGCGGAGCAGCAGCUAUCAGCGUCACUGGGCCUCUCAGACCCGACCCUCCACCAGUUCGUCUCCCCUCCGCCUGUACCCGCCUCGUCAGCCAGCGGGCCAGCAGGAGCAACCGCUUCUGCACCUGCUACAGCCGCAACAGCCGUGACAGCCAGUGCGUUUGCUGAUAUGGGCAGCAGGGCGAACCUGGUGUCGGCCUUGGGCGUCGUUCCCUUCCUUGAGCUCUCCCCUGUCCUCUGUGCCGCACCCAGCAGUUCCCCUGCAGGGGAAGGAGACGGCGGCUCACUGACAGCAGGAGGACCAGGAGGAGGAGCAGGAGCAGGAGCAGGAGCAGAAGGGACAGGAGGGGCAGGUGGUGCAAUAAACCUGUGGAGCACUGCCGUACCUGCAGCAGUGAGCGCACCAGGGUUUGCAGCUGCAGUGUCUGCAGCAACACCCACAGGAACGCCCACAGCAAUGCCCGGAAUGCCCACGGGAAUGCCUAUUGCAGGGUCUGCAGGUGCAGGUGCAGCAUGUGGGGAGCGAGGCAGCUUGGGAGGCAAUCCGCCUCUCCUUUCACCCAGCGUGGUUCGUUCCCUGGCCUCCGUAAGACCAGGUUCAGCCGGGCCAGGUUCGGGCAGGCUGAACGCGGGCAGCCAAGGAACCCGGCAGCCAAUGGAGGAGCGCCAGCUGGCGGCGGUGUUGGGAGAGCUUGCCAGCUGUCUGGAGCUGAUUCGCGGGCGAGUGGGUAGGCUGGUCAUGCUGGCGCUGCCCGCGUGUCUCCUCUCGCCCUCCCUGCAGCCUGCUGAUGCCUUUGCACACGUGGCAAAGUUUUUGGAGUUCGGGCAGCUGGCGCCGGGCAGCUCGGGCAGCGUGAACAGGUUGCGGUCGGCUGCCCGGGAAUUUGUUUCCCAGCAGAACACGGAGCAGAGGGUGUUUGCAGUGAAGCUUCAAGCUGCCCUCGGGAAUUUGAGAGACGCAGCAGGAGGGAAGUGGGGGGGUGUUCUCGAGAUAGUGGAGCUGCUUGUAACGAGUAUGGAUCUGGGUACGCUUUCAGAAGGUGCAUCCGCCUCCUGUGGGUCCCAAGGUGCAGCAUCAACAGCAGCAGCAGCAGCGGAAGGGCAGAAUGGGAGUGGGGAGAUUGAUGAUCUACCAAUCAGCACCCUCCUCCCCCCCUCCCUCUUCUCUCCCCUAGAGCUUUCCCACGAGGAUGAUUUCUCUGUGGAUCUCCUCUCGCUGCAUAUUGGCGGGAAAGGCGUUGCUGACGUGGACGGCGUUGCCGACGUGGCUGUGGGGGACACUCGGGGGUCUGGGAGGUGGGUGCGGCAGGGUGGGGGAGGGGGAGGCGGUUUAGGGUUUGGCAGCGGGAGGAGAGGAGGGAUGGGGGAAUGGGGAACAGGGGCAGGGGCAGGGGCGGAAGGGGACUUUCUUGGAAGGUUCUGCAGGCGAGAGGUGCAGUUUCGGUGGGCUAGGCGGACAGUUGUCGCUGUUUUAUUGGACGGGGAGGGGGAGGAGGAGAGGGAAGGGGGAGGAGAAGGAGGCGCAGGAGGGGGUAGGGGCGGAGGCAGUGUGUUGUGGGGAAGGUGGCGGGGGUGGUGGCUGCACGGGAGCGCAUCAGAAGAAGACAAGUCCUUUCCAGCUAAUGGGGACUCUGAUGGGCCCGAAAGCGAGGGAGAAGGGGAGGAGAGUAGCGAUGAGGAGAUGGAGGGAGGGGAGGACGGGGGUGGACUGGAAGGCAGGGGAGGAAUCGGGGGAGCGGUGGGGGGGUGGCGGUGUGCGAGUGUGAGUGGGGAGGGGCUGCUGUGUGAAGUGAUGAGUGAAGCCGUGCGCCUGCGGUGGGGGCGCGACCCCUGGCAGACUGAAGGGCGCGUAGGAGGGGGAGACGUUGGGGGAGGGCAGGGCGGGGCGGGGGCAAUGGGGAUGGGAGCGCCGAGCUUCCUCCAUCGUGCCGUGCACAUGGGGCUGCGGCUGUUGGAGCAGAGCCAGUACCACAUGGUGAAGCUCCUCUUGGACUGUGUCGAUCGCGACGCACACUUCUCCAACAACCCCUUAGCCCUUCCCCGAACCAACGCUUCUGGUUCGGCCGAACCUGAAGCUUCGGCAGCACGCUCCUUCCUUCUCGGCUUUGCCCUGGUUGCCUGCGCACACGUCCCUGCUGACCUCCCCACUUGGUUUCAACUAAGCGCCGCCAUAGGCGGCAGCAUUAGCCAGCUAAGUGCUGGUGGGAGCAGCAAGGGGCAGGGUGUGUUCUUAGCAGCAGGGGAGGGCAGAGGGCGUGAGGCAGCUGCAAGGGAGGCCAUGCGGGCAGCACUGGUGGAUCGGGCAGUGAAAUGUUUCUUCCGGGCAGCGGAAGGAGUGGGAUCAUGGGCAGCAGGAGCUGGUAACGGUGAGGGAGGGGAAGGGGGGGCAGGCAUGGGAGCAGGUGGGAACCCACUGCAAGGCCUACUGGAGAUGUUCAGUGGCAGCGCAAACAACAGUGUGGGGAGCAACACUGGUACAGUAGGAGCAGCAGCCGUACAACCCGUAGCAGGUGUUGCAGCAGAAGCAGCGGCAGCAGCAGCAGGGGCAGCAGUGGAGGCUCGGCAGAGGGUGCGGUACUACGAGGCGGUGAUGCGGCUGCUGCAGCGCUACAGCGAGGGGCCCUCCGCCGCCCGCUUCGCCCUCGCCGCCAUCCACGAGACCGACGCCGCCUUUCCGGAAGCUUCCCACGGCGAACGCGACGAGGAGCGGCACUCGCAAGCAGCGGCAGUGGCAGCAGAGGAAGCGGGAGCAGAGGGAGCGGGAGCGGGGGCAGGUGGGGAGGUGGUGAGGGGGGUGAAGGGGCGGCUGUGGGCGAAUGUGUUUGAGUAUGCGGUGCAGGGCGGGCAGUAUGAUGAGGCGUUCUGUGCUCUCGCCUCCAACCCCGACCCGCUCACCCGCAGCAUCUGCCUUCGCCAGUUUGUUGCCGUGCUCUGUGACACCGCCAGCUCUGCUGUAGCUGCCGCCGCUACAGCCGCCGGUAGAACCGCCGCAGUGCAAUCAGGACCAUCGGCAGCAUUGGGUGCAGCGGAAGCAGCAGCAGUGGCAGAGGCAGAGAGGGCAGGGAGGGCGUUGUCAACUCUCUGUGGCCUCGAUCUGCCUUAUGCUGCUGCUGACCUGCACGUACAGGUGGAGCAGGAGCUGAUGUGGCUCGCUGAGAACUCUGACGUGGCGCUGUCGCUGCCGCUGUCCACGUCGGUGUCGUCGGCGGCUGCCACGUCAGCGUCGGCGUUGGGCAGGGUGAGCCCGUAUAAGCUGCUGUACUCGUUCCACGUGGCGCGAUCUGAUUGGAGGAAAGCUGCGCUGGCCAUGUACCGAUAUUCGUGGCGACUAGGCAGGGAAGUCUUGGGCUCAAGCAGUGGCAGUACAAGCAGCAACCGCACUGCACCCAUUCCCACUCCUGCUUCUGCAGAUAAAAGGGGGAAGCAGGGCAUGAGUCCUGGAUUCCACCAGCCUAGUCCUGGGAGGGUGUUCAGUCCGGUGGUGAAGAGAAGUCCGGGGAUGACGCUGGGUGCAGAGAGAAUCCCCGAGGUGAAGCUGAGUGCAGUGCGGUUGAGAGAGAUGAGCCUGGCUGUGGCUAUCCAGGUGCUGGAGCUGAUGGUGGUGGGGGGAGAGGGGCUGGGAGCUGGAGGAGAGGGGCUGAGGGGAGGGGGAAAGGGGAAGGGUGUGGGAAGGGGGAGUGGCGGCGCGUCAUUGGGCUGCGGCACGGAGCCGGUGGGGCUGGAGGAUCUGCGGAGGGAGCAUGCGCUGGUGGCCGCCCAAUCACUGCUCGCCACAUGUCCUGGGACCACGGCAGCGCUGCUGGCGUCAGACGCCCCACCACAGCACAUCAUAUCAGCCUGCGCCCACAAUGCCCUCUUCCCCCAAGCUCUCCACCUCGCCACUCUCUUCUUCUCGGGCAGCCAGCGGGCAGCUGAACUUUCCGCAAUUCUUUCAGCAGCUGCCCGACGCUGCUGCAUGACCCAGCUCGGGCUGUCUCUUGCAGCUGCCCGGGAUCCUGCAGCUUCUGCUGCCACGUCAGCUGCUUCCAGUGCCACUGCUGGUGACAUGGCAAGCUCCCCGGUGCUGAUGUGGCAGCAGAUGCAGGUUUGGACUGAGACAUACGUUCGGCACCAUCCGAACCUCCGUGAGGUUGUAGCCCGAGCCAUAUUAGGCACCAACCCUGCUCUCCCCUUACCUCCAUGGCUCAUCCGUCUCUUCCUGGAAGGUUCCUCCUCCCUCUCCCCAAUUCCCCCCUCCUCCUCAACUCCCCUUCCCUUCGCCCCCGCCCCCUCCUCUCUCUCAUCGCCCUCCUUCCUCGCACCGCUCUCCACCCCUUUCAACCCAUCUAUCGCCCCUCCCAUCGUUCCGGACCCCUCAUCACUCCUGCGAGUCUACCUGGACUUCAAUCAUCUCAUCCAAGCGUCCCGAUUGGCUCUCUCCAUGCUCCGCGCGUGGAGAGCCGUCCGAUCGGCCGAUCCGCGCACGGCGAAGCAACGGAUGGGCGCCACGUGGCAGCCACACGCCCUGCUGGACCGGCUGAGGCUACAGCUGGCAGCCGCUGCUGCUGCUGCUGUGGGCGAGCUCGGGGGGGAGCAAGGGAGGGGGGCGAGUGGCAGAGGAUGUGGGGGUGGUAGAGAAGGGGUGAGUGUGAGUGGGAGUGAGUAUGAGGUUGUGUGUGCGAUGCGGGAGGAGGUGGAGGCGGCAGUGAGGGCGUAUCUGGGGCAGGUAGAUCUGGAUGGGGAGGACUUCAGGCAGGUGGCAACUGGAGGGGCAGGGUGCGCUGGUAAGGGGUCAAGGGCAGUGGGGUUGGGAGCAGAGGGAGAAGGGGGAGCAGUAGCCGGGGCAGCAGGGGCAGCAGGGGCAGCAGGGGCAGCAGGGGCAGCAGGGGCAGCGGGGGCAGCAGGGGCAGCAGGAGCAGCAGGGGCAGGAGGCAGAGUGCAAACAGCAGCAUUCGGAGCAACGCCAACUAUGGGGUCAGCUCCUUUUGGGUCAGCACCAGCAUUUGGCUCAGCAGCAGCUUUUGGAGCUAAAUUAGCACAAGCAGGAGCAGCUUCAAGCACACAGGCAGGGGGAGGAGGAGGAUUAGCAGAAGGUGCAGGCACGGGAGCAGCAGCGGGGAGUGUGUUUGGGAGGCUGGGAGCGGGGUUUGGAUCGCCUCAUGCUUCCCCACCUCCUGCUGCCCCCUCGGCUGCUUCACCUUAUGCUGCCCCUGCUGCUGCCCCGUCUGCUGCCCCUCUAUUUGGUGGGGCAGCCAAUACUUUUGGUGGGGCAGGCAGUACUUUUGGUGGGGCAGGCAAUACUUUUGGUGGGGCAGGCAAUACUUUUGGUGGGACAGGCAACUCUUUUGGUGUAAGAGAUGCUGGUGAGAAAAACACAGGAGCAAUCGAUGGUGGGGGGAAGGCUGCUGGUGCUGCUGGUGGUGCUGCUGCGGCUGUGGGGCUUGGGUCGAGUGGAGGAGGUCUUGGGUUAAGAAGUGGGGGGUUUGGGGGAGGGGCAGGAAAAACUGAGGGGGCAAGUGGGGGAGGGGGACAAGGAACAGGGUUUGGUGGGUUUGGAGUGACCACAGGAGGAGAUUUUACAGCAGGAGGAUUUGGGGCAGGCAGCGCCGGUUUUGGGGCAGGCACCAGUGGGAUUGGGGUCGGUACUGGUGGUUUUGGGGCAGGUGGUGGUGGUUUCGGGGCAGGUGGUGGUGGUUUCGGGGCAGGUGGUGGUGGUUUCGGGGCAGGUGGUGGUGGUUUCGGGGCAGGUAUCGGUAGCAGUGGGUUUGGGGCAGGUGGUGGUGGUUUUGGUGCGGGUAGUAGUGGGUUUGGGGCAGGUGGUGGUGGUUUUGGUGCGGGUAGUAGUGGGUUUGGGGCAGGUGGUGGUGGGUUUGGGGCAGGUGGUGGUGGGUUUGGGGCAGGUGGUGGUGGCUUUGGGGAAGGCUCUGUGGGGUUGGGCACAGCUGCUGGCGGCAGUUCAAGUGGGUUUGCUGGUGCGUUUGGAAGCACAGUGCACAAGUGA